CCAUCACUGUUCGUGGUUUGUGGUGUGGGUUUUCGUUCAACCGAAACUUCAUGUGGCGCUUUAGUUUGGAAGGUUAUGGAUUAAAGCUUCAGGGUGUGGCAUCGUAUUGUGGCUUAUAAAAUGAAAAUACGCAGUGUAAAUUAUGUUCCGUAGUUUUGUCUCUUCUGACGAAAUAAAUCUUGACAAUAGAGUGAAAACAGUGACUGUGAGGUGGCCGUUCCGCGGUUAUUCGAGACCUACACGUCAACGAGGAGAUUGCUUUUGUAAAAAAAUCGGAUCGUAAACAUCGUAAACAAGCCGAGGAUCAUCGACUGGGAAGUCUUCUCCGGGGUCAAUUACGCGUUGUUUGAUUGGUUUCGUUGUCUCUUUACCUCGAGGAGUGAAUCAUGUUGUGCAAAGUGUUCCAGAUAGUCUGACAAUGUGAUCCCUGGCUCGAUGCACGUCAAUCUAAUUAGCAUUAGACCAUUGACGUUUAUCGAGAUAAGACACCGCCAAAAAGCGGUGAAUUUUCUGCUCUGCAGCACCUCGUCCAUGAAAUCAAAGGCUCCGUACUCUACGUGGGAUGUUGAGCGCUACCACCUCCACUCAGCCCCACGAAUAUACCGAGAUGUCUCGGUUAGCCGACUACUUCAUAGUCGUCGGCUACCAUCACGAAAAAGAGAGAGGUGGAAUUAGAUGUGGUGUUGUACUGCAAAGGUUUCCAGAGAAGGACUGGCCUGAUACGCCAUUCAUUGAAGGCAUAGAACUGUUUUGUCAACCGCAAGGAUGGGCUUUGUCCACCGAAAGGCAGGAGCCUCGAUUUUUCGUCUCCAUUCUAACCGAUGUAGACGGAAAUUCCCACUAUUGUGCGUGUAUGUGUUUCAACGAAACGGUGUCUAUAACACCCAGCAAACCUGUAGACGAAGAAGAGGAUCCCGUCGAUGGGGACAAUCGUGCUCUGGUUAAAGCGAUACCUGCCGUCUCACAUCAUAGCAUCAUGUAUGCCCCAAAAUGUCUGGUGCUCGUUUCCACACUUGAUUACAUUGAAACUUUUCGGAAUUGUCUUGGAAUCAUUUACACCGUCUACGUAGAAAAUUUAGGGAUUCCUCUCGAGACUUUAGUGGGAAACAUAUUGGGAUGCAUCCAGGUUCCACCAGCAGGUGGUCCACAAGUUCGAUUUAGCAUAGGUGCUGGAGAUCGGCAAGCAUUACAACCACCAAUCAGUCCCUCCCUGCCGAUAACCCACACCAGCGUCAAUUUACUAUUCCAACAAUUAGGUAUUCGGAAUGUUCUCGUACUGUUCUGUGCUGUCAUGACAGAACACAAAAUUCUCUUCCAUUCGGCUAGCUACUCACGAUUGACGGAAGGUUGCCGAGCGCUCACAGCUUUAAUGUAUCCUUUUCGAUACAGCCUUGUGUACAUUCCACUCUUGCCUGCGCCUCUCGUCGAAUAUCUGAACACACCAACCACCUUCAUCAUGGGCGUCCAUAGUUCUCUAAAACACGAAGUCGCUGAACUUAUGGAUGUCAUAGUCGCCGAUUUAGACGGAGGAUCGAUAAUGGUUCCAGAUGGAGUCUCGCUUUCGCUUCUUCCAGAACCACUUCUCUCUCAAACUCAGGACGCCUUGUCUCUCGUUCUGCAACCAGAAUUGGCCUGUGCAGAUUACGCAUUUCCUCCCUUAGCAACAAGAGCACCGCAUCCUCCGAUGCUAGACAAGGAACUUCGUGCAAUUUUCAUGCGAGCCUUCGCCCAACUUUUGCAAGGCUAUCGCAGUUGCCUAACUUUGAUCAGGAUCCAUCCGAAGCCUGUGAUCACCUUCCACAAAGCAGCAUUUUUGGGAGAACGAGGCCUAACAGACUGCGAUUUUACAACGAGAGUCUUGGACUGCAUGUUCUUCACCUCCUUCAUCGCUGAACGAGGACCGCCCUGGAGACCUUGCGACGUGUGGGAUGAACUCUACAGCAACCUGAGCGACUACAUGAAGCAAGAAGCCCAAGAUGAGAGGUUAAUCCUAACCCACAUUCAAGAAUUGGCACAGCAGCUCUACACGAACGAGUAUCCAAAUCCCCAGCCCUACGUGCAGAAAAUUUUGAAGCCACCCGAAGGAGCUUUCGCGAGGAUCCACCAACCAAUGUUGCCGAGGAUAAACCCUGAGAAUGUGCAGGCAAUCAUUGACGAGGGGUUGGCGAAGAGCAAUCUCAAAGUCAGGUUGUCAUCUUUGAGACCAAUUCAGCCGCGAAUUGUACCCAUGGGACCACACAUAUCUAUCGUCCACGAUCCUAGGCAUUUAGUUAGUAACUCUGCUCGAAGACUUGAGGUUCUCCGAAACUGUAUCAACUGUAUAUUUGAGAAUAAAAUUUCUGAUGCGCGAAAAACAUUCCCUGCUGUUCUUCGGGCUCUAAAAAGCAAAGCGGCUCGAUUGGCUCUCUGUAUGGAAUUAUCUCAGCACGUUGUGGGCAACAAGGCAAUGCUUGAACAUCAGCAAUUUGAUCUAGUUGUGAGAUUAAUGAAUUGUGCGUUGCAGGAUGAUUCGUCUAUGGACGAACAUGGAGUCGCAGCAGCGCUUCUUCCGCUAGCAACCGCAUUUUGUCGAAAACUUUGCACUGGCGUGAUUCAAUUCGCUUAUACCUGCAUCCAGGAACAUGGGGUUUGGCAAAAUCCACAGUUCUGGGAAGAUGCUUUUUAUCUGGACGUUCAAAAAGACAUCAAACGAUUAUACCUUCCUUGUGAAAACACGAUACCUCGACAGGCGAACGAGAGCAUUCUGAGUCCAAUUAGUCCGCGAGAUAACAAAGACUUUCCAUUUAGAGAUCGCUCUUCUGUUUAUCGAGUUCAGGAACCAUCGGCGCUGGAAAUUGCUGCCGAGCAGAUGAGAAUUUGGCCGACGAUUAAUUCCGAAAAGCAGAAAGAACUUAUCGCGAGUGAAGAAAGCACAUUGUACAGCCAAGCAAUUCAUUAUGCAAACAGAAUGGUUUAUUUACUAGUUCCACUUGAUAUUGGUGCCAAGACUCAUCGACAGAAUCACGUUUAUGAUGAUGAAAGAGCCAGUAAUAGUAUCACUAAUAGCGUAGCAAGCGAUAGUGGCGAUGCAGAAUCUGGCUUCGAGGAAACCGAUCCCGGAGAAACUGGUACUGCAGUUAUCCGAAUGGUUUCUCGUUUCGUGGAUCGCGUUUGCACCGAAGGCGGUGUGAGCACUGAGCACGUGAGGUGUCUCCAUCAGAUGGUACCAGGUGUCGUCCAUAUGCACAUCGAGACCUUGGAAGCUGUGCACCGGGAAAGCAAGCGACUUCCGCCCAUUAAGAAACCGAAGAUUCUUACGCCAAAUAUGCUCCCGGGAGAGGAGGUCAUCAUGGACGGUCUGCGUGUUCAUUUACUCCCAGACGGAAGAGAAGAAGGUUCCGCAGGUCUUCCAAAAACACCACCGCUUCUGCCCGCCGAGGGAGCUAUUUUCCUCACGAAUUACAGAAUUGUUUUCAAGGGAAUUCCCUGCGAUCCGUUCGCCUGCGAGCAGAUGGUAGUUCGCGCCUUUCCUGUUACUUCCUUAACCAAGGAGAAGCGCGUGUCAGUUCAACAUCUUGCGCACUUGGAUCAGUGCCUUCAGGAAGGUUUGCAGUUGCGCUCGUGCACUUUCCAGCUGAUAAAGCUAGCCUUCGACGAGGAAGUCACGCCCGAGAACAUAGAAACGCUUCGCAAGCUCGUACACAAGGCACGUAAUCCUCCACACAUAUUUCAUCAUUUUGCAUUCAACGGGCAGGUACUAGUCACUCCGACGACUCAUAACAAGGGGAAGGAGAAGAACGCCACGCUGAAGGGAUUCGCGAAGAAGACGCUUCUGAAAACUGCGAGGAAGGCGGGUUUCAAACCCAAACAGUCAUCAAAGCGGCAGAAGUACGUUCUGCCAAACAUGAAUCUCACUAGUAGCAAUAAGUACAUGACAUCCCCCGGUAGAAUGAGUCUUCCACUGACUGAAAACAACGACCUGAGUCAUGACGAUGAUCUGAGCGUUGACGAAUUUGAGAUGCCGGGGAUGCCGGUGCCGCAACCUUUGACUGAUGCGAAGACUCUGGAACGACUAUCAGAACGGAGUUAUGUCAGGGAUUGGUAUCGUUUAGGCCUCUGUUCGAACGGGCCGCAAAACAACCGACGCAACGAACCUUUCCGCCUGAGUUCUGCAAACUGUGCCUACAUGAUGUGCAGAAGCUAUCCGGCACUACUAAUAGUUCCUACCUCCGUGACGGAUGACAGUAUCCGUAGAUUUUGUAGAUUAUACAGACACAGCAGAAUCCCUGUUGUAACCUGGAGACAUCCAACUAAAAAGUCCCUCCUCAUCAGAGGAGCUGGAUAUCAUGGCAAGGGUGUCAUGGGAAUGCUCAAAGCACAUCCAGCCUCUUCUGGAAACCUGAAAACUACCUCCUCAGAAAGUACGUCUUCCCUGGAACAGGAGAAAUACAUAAUGGCACUAGUGGCUGCAACUCCUCUCUCGAUUCUGAGACAGGGAUCAGCUUGGGGAAUGUCGGAUAGCUCUCUUAGCAUAGAUUCUCUACUUUUAGCUGCCGAAGACCGGAACGCAACUCCGGAACAGUCUCGACGAAAUCCCUUCAAUAAAGCCAUGGGCAAUCUGGGUUCGUCGGGGGGAAAAGGACCAAAGAAUUUCGGACGCUGGGGAUCGUUGAAGGACAAAAGACACAGCUCACAAGCUUCCUUGUCAUCCUCGAAUCAACGCGGCACGAUUCGACACUCCGCGGACUCUGACAGUGGAACUGAAUGCGUCCACACUUUCCAACGAGCUGCAUUGUACAUUCUGGGUGAAAAGUCCUACAUGAAGGGCGUCAAGGCGGAAUCGGCACCGAAGACGGAUUUCAUUCCGGUCGAGUUUUUCGACGUGAGACAUACGAAAGCUGCAUUCAAGAAGCUGAUGAGGGCCUGUGUGCCGAGCUCUCCGAAUAUGGAGCCUGAUCAGAGUUUCUACAAACUGAUCGAGAGUUCCGAGUGGUUACAGCAGCUUCAGAGUUUGAUGCAACUUGCUGGAGCUGUCAUCGAUUUAAUGGACGUUCAGGGUUCCUCGGUGGCGGUCUGUCUGGAAGACGGUUGGGACACAACAGCUACCGUGUGCUCGAUCGCUCAGGUUUGCCUGGAUCCACAUUAUAGGACGAUAGAUGGAUUCAGGACCUUAAUUGAAAAAGAGUGGCUAGGAUUUGGUCACAGGUUUGGUCACAGGAGCAACCUCGCUACGAAUUCACAGACGACAAAUUUCACGCCAACUUUCCUUCAGUUUCUGGAUAUUGUGCACCAGAUUCAGAGGCAGUUCCCCUUGGCCUUUGAGUUCAACGAGUAUUAUCUCAAGUUCUUGGCGUAUCAUUCAGUGUCUUGUAGGUUUAGAACUUUCCUACUAGACUGCGAGUUUGAUCGGGUAGAGUGUGGAAUUACUGCUGUUGAGGAUAAGAGAGGAUCGCUCACGAGUCAUCAUAAGGGUGUUGAUACUGGAAGUGAUGACGAGACAGUCUAUCCUGGUGGGAGAUUGGCGGGAACGAGUAUGGGAUGCAACUUGGGACAGAGUAUAUUUGAUUAUAUUGAGAAACAGCAUGCGCGGUGUCCCCUGUUUUACAACUUUCUAUACACGCCAAACACGGAGCAUCCGGUGUUGAGACCUGUUUCGCAUUUGCCGAGUUUGGAUAUCUGGAAUUAUUACCUCGAGGAAGAAUUGGCGCAUGGGCCCGCUUAUGAUAUGGAGAUUCUUCAGCAGGACUCGCAACAGGAAGAAGAGGCUGAGGCUGCUGAUGGGAUUGUGAAGAGCAAUCGGAAGAUCGUAACACAAGGAUACGACAGCAUCAGUUCAAUGGUACCUGAUCAAUUUACUCACUUGUUAGAAGAGAUUCACAAACUAGAAACAGAACUAGGCCACUUGCCCCAGAAGUGGAAAGUUCUUUGGGACAAACUCGAACUGCCUAACACAGACUCGCUCGCGAGACACGCGUCCUUCAGCACGGCUUUGGUUAGGCAUCACGGAAGGCUCAUACACAAACGUUCGACGCUGGAACUACUUUUGAGAGGAAAACUCGCUGGUGGAACUACGACUGGAAAUGAAAGCUCCGUUUAUGCUCAUCCGCACAGGUUUGAAAGAUUGGACACAGCGACUCCGACUCAUUGCGACGCAUGUUCUGGCGUUUUGUGGGGUCCAGUGAAAGCCGGAUUAAGAUGCGUCGACUGUGGCCACGUUUGCCACGACAAAUGUGCCGACGCCGUGCCCAAAAAUUGUACAAAAUACAAAACAGUAGCUGAUAAUUUACAAAACCAUACUCUUACCCGAACUGGCGGUGACAACGGCAGUGUAAAUUCAAGUGUCACUACAAUGCAGACGACUUCGCAGCAGUACUACGAGCAAUUUUCUAGCAAUGUAGCUGAAAACCGAACGCACGAGGGCUAUUUGUACAAACGCGGCGCACUUCUCAAAGGCUGGAAGCAAAGGUGGUUCGUGCUCGAUUCCAUAAAACAUCAGUUGAGGUACUACGAUGCGAUGGAAGAUUCACACUGUAAAGGUUACAUAGAUCUUGCCGAGGUCGUGUCUGUAAAUCCUGCAGCGCCAAUGCAGGGCCCACCAAAGAAAACUGACGACAAAUCAUUUUUUGAUCUACGCACAAACAGGCGGACCUACAAUUUUUGCGCGGGCGAUGCGGCGACAGCACAAGAGUGGAUCGAGAAGGUUCAAGCGUGCUUGCAGUAGUGCCUCCGAUCCGAGUUCAGCUUUAAUUUAAAUUUUGCAAGUGACUGAUAGGAUAAUUUAAAUUUUACUUUGUUAAAUACUUUUGUAUAGCUUAAUUAUAUGGUAGUAGAUGUUUUUAGGUGUUGCGAAUCUCGUGAGGACGACAGAGUUUAAAGAAAAAAGACUAUGCUAGCAAGCUAUGCUCGAUUAGUGUGCAGAUACCUUGUACAUUGUCAUUCAUUAAAAUUAAUUUUGUAAGUUAAAGAAACUAGACCAAUUCCAAUAGCGCGAGAUAUCUUGAGAGGUUUAUCUGAUGUGAGGUUUGAAACAGUUUUUUAGUUCUGUUUUAUAUUUUUUGACAAAGAAACGCGGUAUUGAAAGUGAAUGUUUAUUGAGAGAGUCUACUAUUAUAAGCUGCGUAUAUCUGUCGAUAUAUCAUUAGAUUUAGUAGAAUUAUGGUUGUUAAUUGAAAUAAGACGUGAUCUCGUUCGUAUUGAGACGACAUGCCGUUGGAAACGAGAUAUAAAAAGUGCUUCUUGCUCAGCUUCGAAACUUUAUUAGUAAUUUCCACUAAAUCAUUUUUGAUGCGCUUAUUAUAAUGAUAUUAUGAAUAAAAGUAAAAUGGCGAUCUGAAAACGUCGUUGGAAAUGAUAAUACCUGUCACAUGUACUAACUUCUGUGUAGCACAGAUGCCAUGAAGACUUAUUUAAUUUUGAGUAAUAUUUCUAUCAAGUCAAGAAAUCUAAAAUACAGAAGGAAACAAUAAGCAUAAAGAUUUUUUAUUUAGCAGUGUCAUCAGUCGCUUCAGUGGCAUCUCUUUCGCUUAGCUUUUUCUUUUUCUUUAGGAUUCUUUUGUACAUUCACUUGUUUUGCGAAAACGAAAACUUCGCCUUAUUGUUCGCUUUUGAUGUGUACGCGAUAAUUGUGUUUACUUUAAAAAAAAAAAAUUGACUGAUGCGCAUUUUAUGAUGUUUGCAAAUAAAUCAUUUCUUUCGUUUAA